UUCAAAAUAACAAUAAAUACAAUACAAUCAUAGAAUAGUUUUGAUGAAUAUUAUUUAUUAAAUUUGACAAUAUAAAAGAAAGAAAAAUGAGUGAAAAUACUGAAAUAAAUGGAGGAUUGGUGCAAACAAAAGUCAAUGGUGAAAAUAAUGAACAUACUGAAAAAUCAUCAACACUUAAUGAGACCAAAACUCUAGAUGAGUAUAUUCAAGAUCUUAAUAAAAAAAGUGGUAAUUCAUCUGGCAAUAUGUCACAAGCAAAUACAACAAAUCGCCAAAAAAAACGUAAAAAAACACUGAGAGAUGCAACAGCACCAAAACAACCAUUAACAGGAUAUUUUAGAUUUUUAAAUAAUCGUAGAGAAAAAGUAAGAAGUGAAAAUCCAACAAUGUCAUUUGCUGAUUUGACAAAACUUCUUGCUUCUGAAUGGAGUUCAUUGCCUACUGAACAAAAACAAGAAUAUCUUGAUGCUGCUGAACAAGACAAAGAACGUUAUAAUCGUGAAUUUCGUGAUUAUAAACAAACUGAAGCAUACAGAUUAUUUAAUGAAAAACAAGAAAUGGAAAAACGAGAAAAUAGUGGAAAUAAUAAAAAAGAAAGAAAUGGAACAGAUAUCCCAAAUGAUCAUCCAAUUCAGGAAACACCAGUUGAAAAUGAAUUUUCUGGUUUUGAUAUACCAAUUUUUACUGAAGAGUUUCUUGAUCACAAUAAAUCAUGUGAAUCAGAACUUCGACAAUUGAGAAAAGCAACAUCAGAUUACGAAGCACAAAAUGCUGUACUUCAACGACACGUUGAUAAAUUACACAGUGCUGUUAGAAGUCUUGAUUCAGAAGCAAAUCAACAAAGAAUAACAAAUCAAUCACUUCAACGACAUCUCGAUACUUUGAGAAAUCAAUUCGUUACUUGUUUUUCUUCAAUUUCACUACCAGGAAUUUAUGAUGGAGCUAAUAUUCAAAAUCUUGACAAUUAUAUUGAACAAUUAGAAGCAAUUUUAGAAACUAAUGCUGAUCCAUUAUUAAAAAGUACAGUUAGAAAUGCUGUAUCACGAUUGGAAACUAUGGGAUGACGUUCACCUCUCAAUGAUACAUCAACUGUUGUUGUUGAUAUCAGCCGUAAUGAUGAUGAUAACGAUGACGACGAUGAUUAUGAUGAUAAUGAUAAUGAUGCUAGUACAACUCCAAAAGAUGCUUCUACUAUUGCAUCAACAUUACCAGGUAAUCAAAAACAUCAUCGUCGGAAGCAUCGUAAAUAAAAUACAAAUACUUAUUUUGCGUUUUUUUUUUCUAAAUAUAUAUUAUAAACAAACCAAUAAUUAAUCAACUACUUAUAAUAUCGUACUUGUAAUUUAUAUAAUAAUUAUAACUAUUUGUAAUAAUCACAGAUUCAUUAAAUUGAUUUGAAUAAAUAAAGCCUUUUUUUUUUU